AUGGCGCUAUACACGCCUCCCCGCCACGCCAACGACACCCUUUUGUCACGCGACGAUUCUCCCGCCGACCAGGACCUAUUGGCCUCUUGCCCCGGGGGUCCUGGCUCGAGCAACAUUGCGCACGCCGAUAGGUGCACCCUCAUCAACAUCGUGAACAACCCGGAUGUCCGCCUGUUCUCGAUCCUCGGCGACCCCCAGCUGAACUGCGGCGGCUCGUCUGACGACAUCACCGUCACCCUCGGGGGCGAGUCGACGGUCGGGUCCGAGACCACUGUCAACGCGAACUUCGGGAUCGACUUCGAGGGCAUCUCCGUCGGCGGCGGCAUCGAAUCGUCGACAUCGACGAGCCAGACGGUGUCCAAGUCGAUCAGCUUCACCGUGAAGCCGGGCCGCCAGGCGGUGUACGUCGCCGGCACGAACUUCCACUCGCAGACGGGCAACGUGCAGGUCAACUACGGUAGCCGGCAGUUUGGCCACUUCAUCUGGUUCACGGGCACGACCAUCACGCAGCUCUCGCCCGACUCCGGUGACGUUGAGUUCGACGUCCACGAAACCGCAUGUGGUACGUGCCCACUCGCGCUCUCAUAG